AGAGACUGAUGAGAAUGGAGUAUGGACUGUGGGACUAGAUUCAUUCAUUCACUCCAUUUCUACUGUUGUCUCACGCUUCCAGCCACCGACAGUCAUAAUGCACUAAAGCCCACAAAAGACUGGAAAACAGAACCCACAAGCGUCACAAACACUUCUCUUUUACUAUUACUAAAAUUAAGUAUAUAAAAUCCAUACACAUGGGGAGAGGUGAUGUGUUGCACGAGCGGAUGCCCGUAUGACAAGGAGAGUGUUUUGUGGUGAUUAAUUUAGAAUUGAAUCAACCAAUGAAUCAUUGGGUCUGCGACAUUUCCUGAACUUCACCAGUCUUCAAGGUCAGAUCCUUAACAAACAAGCAAAAUUUAUGCUGGAACACCAAGCACAAGGCUUCCUUCUCUGUUACAGAAUCUAAACCUGUCCCUCUAAUGUCUACUUCAACCGUUCACCUAUAUAUACUUUCUGUAGGGAGUAACUGAAAGAAAGUUGUAGUACAGAUAGAGAAUUAAUGGAGAGUGGUCGUUAUUUGAGUUGGAAGAAUAAUCCUAUGGGACUUCAUUGGUUAGAGAGUGCACAAGAGGAUGAAGAGAUGGGGAUACAGUCAUUGUUGUCACUAUCGUCUAUCCCUCCACCGCAAACACCCAAAGAGCCCAUGGAGUUCUUGUCGAGGUCAUGGAGCCUCUCUGCUUUUGAAGUCUCCAAAGCUUUAGUUCAUAGACAGAAACAUCUUCUUCAUGACAAGAAUCCAGAUACAGUCUCAAUACCGGAGACGAUCAAGGAGCCGCAAAGUUUUACCUCUUUGCAGAUGAGCAAAACAGUUAACCCAGUGAAUGCACGGCGAACAGCACUGGUUGGAAAAUGGUUCCAUCACAUGGAUUUUAACCAUAACAAGAAGAAAGAGAAGGCACGUAUAGAAAAUGCUCGCGUCCAUGCUACCCUUUCAGUGGCAGGAGUUGCUGCAGCCUUGGCUGCUGUGGCUGCAGCAGAGAACUCCAACGGCCAAAGUUCAAGGAUGACUGCAGCUGUGGCAUCAGCUACAGAGCUCUUGGCAUCACACUGCAUUGAGAUUGCUGAAUUAACAGGAGCUCAUCAUGAUCGAGUGGCUUCUGUUGUCGGAUCAGCAGUAGAUGUUAGAACUCCGGGUGAUCUAAUGACUCUGACAGCUGCGGCUGCCACAGCUUUGCGUGGAGCUGCUGCCUUGAGAGCAAGAAUUUCCAAGGAAGUGAGGAACCAUGCAGCAAUAACUCCUUAUGAUAGAGGUGCCAGUCCAACCUGUUCUGCUGCUUGUCAGAGAGAAAUGGAGAUCCAGAAUUCUCCCUGCAAAGGUGAACUCCUUCAACGAACACGAAAAGGUGUGGUACACUGGAAGCGAGUCACUCUCUACCUCAACAAGAAGUCACAGGCCAUUGUUAAGCUCAAAAGCAAACAUGUCGGAGGAGCCUUCUGUAAGAGGGAUAAAUGUAUCAUUUAUGGUGUUUGUGAUGAGAUUCCAGCAUGGCCAACGAUGAAAGAGGAGAGUGUGGAAGGAGGCUACUUUGGAUUGAAAACUACACAGGGUCUUCUAGAGUUCAGGUGCAAGAACAAUGUCCAUAAACAGAAAUGGGUUGAUGGCAUUAGAAGUCUCCUACGCCAAGCUGGCUGUAUUGAAGAAACAGAGCACUCUAUGCAACUGUUAAGCAUUAACUGAAGAAGUUUUCUGUAUAUUUGUUUCAUAAAAGAGGAAACAAGUGAGAGGCUGGGACUGUAGAUAACUAUAUACUAUAGAAACUUCAGACACUUUCUGUUCUCCCAGACUAUAGAUCCACUUUAUCUGCAUUCUCCCAAAUGUAUUAUUUGUUGGAUAUGCAAUUGUGUGCAUUUACUUAUCUUUUCAACA